ACUGCGGACACAAUGCAGGAGAUGACCAGAGACUGCGGACACAGUGCAGGAGAUGACCAGAGACUGCGGACACAGUGCAGGAGAUGACCAGAGACUGUGGACGGACAUAGUACAGGAGAUGACCAGAGACUGCGACACAGUGCAGGGGAUGACCAGAGACUGCGGACACAGUGCAGGGGAUGACCAGAGACUGCGGACACAGUGCAGGGGAUGACCAGAGACUGCGGACACAGUGCAGGGGAUGACCAGAGACUGCGGACACAGUGCAGGGGGGAUGACCAGAGACUGCGGACACAGUGCAGGGGAUGACCAGAGACUGCGGACACAGUGCAGGAGAUGACCAGAGACUGCUGACA